CAGAAAGUUUUCUGGUGCUCAGGUACAGGUAGAAGUGGAAAUUUGUAUAGAGAGAUUUAAGGGCGGCGUCCAUGCUUUUCAACUGUUACCUUUCUUUUCUCUUUCUUUUCUUUUCUGUUUUUUUACUUCCUUUUCUCUCUCAGUCUCUUACCUUUGCUACUUUGUCAGUUUGUUUUUUUUUCUGUUACUUGAAUGUCUCUUUUUCCCGAGUUAAUUAGGAAUGUCGCUUUCAUCUGAUCCUGUUGAUCAAUUGUUGGUGAAAUCUGAUCUUUCCAACUACAUGUUGACCCUUCAACCAAUUUACUCUCAAUUUGUUAAUCACUUUUCGUAAUAAUUAUUCAAUUCAAAAGUUAUCUUUUCUGUCUUUUCUGAUUGUGAUUUUCAUUUUUUUUUUGUUGUUUUUCUAUUCUCUUGUUUUUCUCCUUCGCAACCAUCAUCAUCUUCCUCUUCUUCAACGAUUCAUUUCUUCACAAGGUAUUGAGUUAGUGUGAGAAUUUAAGAAACAGAGUAAAAGUUGAUUUGAGAGAGAGAGAACUGAAUGAAAUGGGUGAAGAAUUAAAACUAAUUACUACAGAUUAAUUUCUUGUUUACCUUGUGUGUGUUUCCAUCUAUUGUUUGGAUGACAAUUUAACUAUUGUAAUUCUUGUGCCAUUUACUUAAUCAUCUUUAGUUAAUUAUUCUAAGUGUCAUUAAGAUAAUCUGAUAUCUUCAUCACAGGAGAUAUUGUCCUUGCUUUUUAGUUUAUUUCUCACCUUUAAAUUUGCCAAAAUUAUUCUCAUUUUCUGUGAAAAUUGGUCAACAUUAAUUGACAACUCAAAAGAAUCAAAAUGGUUCACAUGUCCGAUGCUCGUCUCUCCGCAUUAGCGGCACUUGCCCUCGCGUUCAUUUCCACCUUGAUUGCAUUUUCUACACCUUAUUGGCUUGCCUCCGAUCGUCGUUACUAUGGAGCAGAAUUUGAUAAGUUAGGCCUUUGGGAGACAUGUUUCAGAAGUAUCAAAAAUCCAUAUGAUUUUCUGUACUUUAAAUACUAUUCGGGUUGUCGUUGGGUAUUUUCUUAUGAAUAUUCUGAUGGACAAACUAAUCUGAGAGAUUUUCUAUUACCUGCUUUCUUCGUUGCCACCCAAACAUUGUUCACUCUUGGCUUCGUAUUCCUAUUACUUGCAGCGAUCGGAGUUCUAGCGAUUCAAUUGUGUUUCGUAAUUGACAAAGAAAUGUACGCGAUGAGAGCUCUGUCCAUUAUCAUGUUUCUCUCAGCUCUUUUCUGUACCACCGCUUGUAUAAUUUUCGGCAUCAAAGGCGAUGAUAGGGACUGGAUGCCCGAUCCUGAACAUAAUUAUCUUUCCUGGUCUUUUGCUUUAGCGGUUGUUGGUUGUUUUUUCCAAUGGGUUUCGUCAAUACUUUUCUGGGUUGAGAAUCGAAUAUUGGUUAAAAAAGAAACCAAACAACAUCAUUCCAAUUCAUUUGACAUGGAGGCCACUUCGGGAAGACAUUGACCGAACCGUUUCGAUCUAUCAUAAUUCACCAAUUUCUCUUACUACAUCUAAGUAAUUAGUAUUAUCUAAUUAGAAUCUCUCAAUCAACUUUAAUAAUCAAACGAAACAACAAAGUGCUACAUUUCUCACAUUGGAAUAUAUUCCAUCCUGAUUAAUUAAGUUCAUCUCAAUGAGAAUCUCAUCAUUUUUAUUACAUAUCGUUUCUCAAUCGUCGUUGCCUCAAUCUCAAUGAUUUCACGUUUGUUAUCAAUUACUCACCAUUAAUUGUUUCCGUCUCAUCUUUUCCCAAGAAUUGGAUUCUUUUUUUUUUAAUUCUAUUUUGACAAUAUCUCUGUGCAAAGUAAUUCCACCGAAAAAAAGAGAUCCGUCCACAGCUAAAUUAAUAAUUUAAAUAACUUUACCUUUGCAACUGAUUCUUUUUUGUUUGAUUAUAUGACACAAAUCAAAUUGUUAAUAAACUUUCAUUUCGACGAGAUUACAAAAAGUAACUGAAUAAAUGGUUUUUGCUCAUGUUAA